AUGCCUCCCGGUCGUCCCGCCACCCGCCAACGCGUCGUGCAGAAUGAGAACGAUGAGAACACGACGACGCGUCUGACCCGAGCCAAGGCCGCCGCUGGGGGCCCCGAGGAUGCCUCCAAGCUCCCCGUCAAGGGCGCGCUGCAGCCCAAGAAGGCCGCCGUCAACCCUCAGAGGAAACGCGCUGCUCUCGGUGACGUGAGCAACUUUGGAAAGGAUGGUGCUGCCGCCGAGGGCAAGAAGGCCGCCAACGCCAAGGGCGGUCUCGUCUCCAAGACGGCCGGUGUCCAGAAGAACGUCGCCCGUCCUGCCACCCGCAACGCCAUGGCCCCCAAGGAGGCCACCAAGAGGGCCGCCGCUGUCGAGCCCAGGAAGGCCACUGCCACCACCACCACUGCCACCACCACUGCCGCUGCCACCACAUCGACCAGCGUGGGUACCGCACAGAAGAGGAAGAUGACCGCCACAGCCGCCCAGAGCACCCGUGAGGAGUCCGUCAACGAAGAGUCGGAGCCCAUCCGCAAGAGGCCCCACACCAUGGGUACCGAGAAGCGCACCCGGACAGAGCCCAAGGUCAACAAGGAGAACGCUGCUCCUCCUAUCCGUAUCGCUGCCGAGGCCGAGGCCGAGGCCGACGCUGACGCCGACGCGCAGGCCAAGGCCGACGAAGAGGCCCGCCUCCAGUUCCUCGAAAAGAUCAAGGAGUUUGACGCCGAGGACCUCGACGACCCCCUCAUGGUGGCCGACUACGCAAACGAAAUCUUCGACUACCUCCGCGACCUCGAGGUGCUGUCCAUCCCCAACCCCGAGUACAUGAGCCACCAGGACGACCUCGAGUGGAAGACGCGCGGCAUCCUCGUCGACUGGCUCAUCGAGGUCCACACGCGCUUCCACCUGCUGCCCGAGACCCUCUUCCUCGCCGUCAACGUCAUCGACCGCUUCCUGUCCGAGAAGGUGGUCCAGCUCGACCGCCUCCAGCUGGUGGGCAUCACGGCCAUGUUCAUCGCCUCCAAGUACGAGGAGGUGCUCUCCCCCCACGUCGAGAACUUCAAGCGCAUAGCCGACAACGGCUUCAGCGAGUCCGAGAUCCUGAGCGCCGAGCGUUGCGUCCUCAGCACCCUCGACUACGACCUCAGCUACCCCAACCCCAUGAACUUCCUCCGCCGCGUCUCCAAGGCCGACAACUACGACAUUCAGUCGCGUACCGUUGGCAAGUACCUCAUGGAGAUCAGCCUCCUCGACCACCGCUUCAUGGAGUUCCGCCCCAGCCACAUCGCCGCCGGUGCCAUGUACCUGGCCCGUCUGAUGCUUGACCGUGGCGAAUGGGAUGACACCCUCGUCUACUAUGCCGGCUACAACGAGGAAGAGGUUGACCCCGUCGUCAAGCUCAUGGUCGACUACCUUGCCCGUCCCAUCUGCCACGAGGCCUUCUUCAAGAAGUACGCCAGCAAAAAGUUCCUCAAGUGUAAGCUUUCCGAUCCCGUAACCUACCAUUUCGCGACUCAAGAUGCUGAUAUCAUGAUAGCUUCCCUCCUUGCUCGCUCGUGGGCUAAGAAGAACGCUGCCGCAUUCGGCCUCACGGACCUCGAGUACUCUCUCGACCAGAUCUCAUAG